CUUAUAUAUUUUUUGCAUUGUUCACAUUGUCAUUUGUGUGUGAGCAUUAUUAGGCUGAUGGUGUCAUCGAAGUAAUCGGGACUGGCUUGAAAAAUGAGUGAGAUCGUCGUCCCUCAAUGGGUGGUUUGUGGAUCAGCCAGUGUUCUGAUGCUGACAGGAAUAGCAGCGAUCGUCAAGAAAUGUGUUCUAAACAAAUCGACCAAACCGUACUUUACGUUCAACGACCAAUGUAAAGUCGAGCCGGGCCCAGAAAAAAUUCAUAGUUCAAAGCUGUACAAAGAACCUAAUGGAAAUGAAUUCCAUAUUUACUUCGACGAAGACACACGUACAUUAUACGAAGCAUUCCGUCGAGGGCUUAGGGAGUCAAAUAAUGGUAAUUGUCUUGGAUGGCGUGAGGGUCCAGCCAAGCUUUACGUAUGGCAGAGCUACAAGGAAACGAUGACACGAUCGCAGAAUUUUGGAUCUGGCCUCUUGAACUUGGGACUUGCUCCAGGAGAAAAUACUUUAGUUGGCAUCUAUUUGAAGAAUUGUCCAGAAUGGGUGAUGGUGGAACAAGCAGCCUAUUGUUAUUCCAUGGUGGUAGUACCAUUGUAUGACACGUCUGAUGCUGCUUCCUGUUCUUUUGUCGUCGAACAAACCCAAAUGUCUGUAAUUGUUUGUGAAAAUGAUGAAAAAGUUAACGUUUUAUUGGAACAACUACCGCAUUGUGUUAAGAAGAUCAUAUCAAUUAAGGAAGUUUUACCUUCAACAUACGAGAGGGCAAGAGCUCAAAAAGUAGAUAUCUUCACAUUCAAUGAAGUCGAGAGUAUGGGAGCACACAAUGUUCAUGCAUGUAUUCCACCAAAGCCAGAAGACCUCUGUACCAUCUGCUACACAUCUGGCACAACAGGAAUGCCUAAAGGAGUGAUGUUGACGCAUGCAAAUAUAAUAGCUUGUAUCUCAGGGGUAUCAGUGCACUUAGGAGACAAUAAACUGAACAGCAAAGACGUGACUCUGUCAUUCUUACCGCUGUCUCAUAUGCUGGAGAGGUUUUUCCAGCAAUGUAUAUACAUCGUUGGUGGUGCCGUCGGCUUCUACAGCGGUGAUAUUCGAAACUUGACGGAUGAUCUGAAGACAUUAAGACCAACAGUCAUGCCGGCAGUACCAAGGUUGCUGAAUAAAAUGUACGAUAGAGCUCAAGCAGAUAUAGUAGCACAGUCGAGGAUAAAGAAAAUGAUUUUCAAUAUGGCGUUAAGAGCAAAGCAAGCGGAGUUGAAUAGAGGUAUUAUUCGUAAAAAUUCGAUAUGGGAUAAGCUGGUGUUCAGAAAGAUGCAAGACUCGACUGGUGGAAGAUUACGUUACAUGUUUGUCAGUUCUGCGCCACUUGCAGGCAGCGUACUUACUUUUGUGCGAUGUGCUCUAAGUUGCCAGGUGGUGGAAUCUUAUGGACAAACAGAAUGCACGGCUUCCAUGGCAACCACAAUUUGGGGCGAGCAUGUUCCCGAUCAUGUUGGCCCUCCUAUACCGUGUUGCAAAAUAAAGUUAGUGGAUGUACCAGAGAUGGAUUACUACGCAGACAAGAAUCAAGGAGAAGUGUGUGUGAAAGGAGCUAAUGUGUUCAAAGGAUAUUAUAAAGACCCGGAGAAAACCAAUGAGACUAUUGAUGAGGAAGGUUGGUUGCAUACAGGAGAUAUUGGCAUGUGGUUACCGAACGCAACACUAAAAAUAAUUGACAGAAAGAAACACAUAUUCAAACUAUCCCAAGGGGAAUAUGUGGCACCUGAGAAGAUCCAGAACAUUUAUUUACGAAGCCAGUAUGUGGAGCAAGUAUUUGUGUAUGGGGAGUCAUUGAAGUCCUGCCUGAUAGCAGUGGUGGUACCAGUAAAGGACGUUAUAACCAGCUGGGCAGCAGAUCACGGUAUCCAAGGUUCAAUUAAAGAGUUAUGUCAACACAAACGGGUGAAAGAAGUAAUUAUGGAAAGUAUGCAGCAAUGCGGCAAGGCAGCUGGUUUAAAACAUUUUGAACAGGUAAAGGACAUACAUUUGCAUUACGAGCCGUUCACAUCUACUAACGGAUUACUGACACCAACGAUGAAAUCGAAGAGGCCUGAAACCAAAAACUUCUUCAGAAAGCAAUUACAAGACAUGUAUAGACGUCUUGACUAACAAUAUACUUUUCCGAUCAACCGCAUUUAUAAUCUUAAUUUCUAUAUUAAUACUUUUCUUUUUUUUUCACACUUUUUAGAUUAAGAAUUUAUAAUUAUAAGACAGUGAGUUUGUUCGUAAAAAGUAAUCUCUGAAACCAUGGAACCGAUUUUAAAAAUUCUGUUGGCAACAUCAAAGUCUUAAUAUUAAUAUAUUUUUUAUGGUAAUGUAUUUUGCUCUAGUGACGCCAUGGACUUUGCCGACGAGGCUUGUUUUUCUUGUCUCUUUAACUUAUGUAAAUCAUUUCCUAGUUUAAUACAUUACAGUACAGUCCACUUUAACAUCAUCUCGAAGGAGUUUUUAUUUACCGGAGCCAACAACGCCUCCAACAUUGGUCCCCCAAGUGUCUCCGAAAAAAUCCUUAACCAGUAAAAAACUACGUUAUUACCGAGUGCUAUAAGAAGGCUAUAUUUGAUCCACGCGGACGGAGUCGCAGGCGGAAAUCAUGUUUAUCUAUGGUCCGAUAGACUAUGUGCUGUAUAAGAAGUGUCUGAUCGCAGUACCAGAUAAGUUCUGGAUAGGUUAUCAGACAGUUAAAGUGAUAGAAAAAACCCUAUAUUACUACUACUUACAAAUUACUAACUCUGUCCGCAGUUUUUCCACCCCUUCUAUCUCCUUAGGGGCGAUUUCCGCGAUAAAAACUUUCCUAGGUCUCAAACUAUGUCCAAACCAAAUUUCAUCUAAAUCAAUUCAGAGGUUUAAGCGUGAAAAUGCAACAGACAGACAGAGUUUUCUAUUUGUAGAAUAUAUUUGUAUGGAUGUACGAUGGAUAAUGUGUGGUCCCUUUAAUUAUAAAUAAAAAUAUUACCUAUAUAAAAAGAACUAUUUAUAUAAUAUUUUAAUUUCACAUAGGUAACGAUGUAUCUAUUGAUAAUUAUGUGUGUUAGAGUGCACUGUUUGUUGAUUUGUAAUUACACUACACUCAUAAAUAUAUAUCCUGGAUUCUAGAUGAAUGAAGGCUAAGGCCUUCAUUCAUUUAGAAUUAUUUAUGCAAAACGACCGCCACAUAUAAUUAUUUGUAAUUAAUAUUAAUCUGUAACUGUAAAUGUUACUACAUAGUGGUAGUAGUGGCGUCAGAAUUAAAUGUGUUAAAAUAAAAUAAUGUUUUAUGCAAAUGUGUGAGAAAACUGCAUUGUAUUGUAUAAGGAAGUUAAAUUAUAUUGUAAGAUGGAAGCAAA